AUGUUACAAAUAAUAGGGGAACUGAAUAUUGACCCAGAUAUUUGUGGAUGUCCAAAAUUUGAGUGUAAACAUUUACACAAAAAUGAUACAAAUGAUAGACUUCAAAUUUUGGGUCAUUGGAUCCUGCGCAUGGCUGAAAUCUCUGAUGAGAGAAAAGCAUUAGGAAUAGCAACAUGGAAUGCACGAAAUGAAAAUUUUUUGAAUUUAGGUAUUGAUGAUUGGGACAUAAAAAGUAUCCUAAAUGAAAUUUCUAAAAAUAUUCAAAUUGGAUACCAGGUUGAACCAAGAAAUACAACAGGUCGUAGAAAACACAACAUAGUAGUACACAAGCUGCUUUCAUUAUUAGAACACCAAAAAAAAGAUAUGCAAACAAAUGAGCUAACAAUAAAUAGCAAUUCACAAAACAGUCAGAUUGAAAAUAAUAAUGUAAGUGCCGAGCAAUUGCAUGAACAAGUGGGUACAAAGUGUCAACAUAGAGUUACAAACAAUAAUGAAAAAAAAAUUCUUAAGGAUUUACUUAAAUAUGAUAAUUUCCCUGAAGAUAAAGCCAUCAAAAUAUUAAGACAACUUUAG